AUAGCCUGCGUGAAUGCGUUUUCACGCACAAUAUUUCUAAUUUCACGCUAGGAAAAAAAUAAGAUUUGCGUCAUUAACCCGUGCGAAAUCCGGACUCUGCGUCAAUGUCCGGCUCCAAUAUUACGUAGUUAGAAAACUCAAUAAUCUAAGUCAAACAGACACUUAUCAAGUAAACGAAACUCGUAACAAGCGCUUUCUUGAUCGUGAUUAUAAACCAGUCGCAUAGCAAAUAUGGCGCUGUCAAAAAUGUUUACAAAUUCAGUGUUACCCUAAUAUGGAAAAACCCAUACACUUGAUGAAGGCAGGGGUGAAAAAACCCCUCAAUUUAUAAAGGUUAAAGAUGGUGGUGUUUUGAGGCAAUUAUUGAAGAAACAGAAAACACUUGUCAAGUUGAAAGUUUGGACAUAACAUUUGAAUUUUAAGCAACAUUUAAAGGUGGCAUUUGUGUUCAGCUGAAGGUAAAUAUAAAAAGAUUUCUCAGAUCUUCAUCAUGGCAACACCCAUCAGCCAAACCGCUUUCCGUCCUAAAGGCCAGUCCACCUGUAGUGACCACAAAGGGAGGCGCUUGGAUCUUUACUGUGAGAAAUGUGAUCAACUCAUUUGCCAUGCAUGUUUGUCAACAACUCACAGAAGUCACCCUCUUUGUGAACUCAGUGAAAUUACUCCUCAAAAGAAACAAGAAAUUACAAACUUUAUCAACAAAACAGAACAAAAUGACCUGGUAGAAGUCAGGGAAUAUAUAACUUCUGCUGAUUCAUUACUCAAAGACAAUACCAGUCAUUUUGAGAAACUUUCACAGCAACUAAAAAAUCAAACAGAUCAACUAAAACAUGAACUUGAUCUAUUUACAGCACAGACACUCUCAGUGUAUAAACAGAUGGAAGAGGACAACACCAGGAUGAUACAGAAAUACAAACAAGAACUGGAGAUGUACAACAGACAGCUGAAACAACAACUACAGGAAUGUAAGGUGACUCUACAACGUGGUUCUCACCUGGACAUCUAUGACACAGAUAUACAUUCCUCAUUACAUCUCCCUGUCAAACCUGUCCUGGGUACGGUCAUCUUCACACCUAACACAAAUCCACAACAUCUUCUACAACAGGCCGUAGGGACGAUUAUCACCUCAGGUCAAACAACUGACCAGGAUCGGUCAAUCUCAGUAUCACAUGACCAGGGACAAUCCUCUAAACAACAACAAACAGGAGUAAAAGGGAAGAAAGCAGUGAUAAGUAAAGCACUACUGUCAGAGACCAAAGUGGUGAAGGAGUGGAAGUCUCCAUGUGACAUUUGGUCUAUAUGUCCCACCACUGAUGGUCAGGUGUGGACCAGUGAUUACAGUGAUACAUUAACUCUCCUUAACAGGGAGGGUGAAGUAGUACAGAAGGUCACACACACGACUAACAUCACUGACAUCAGUCUAUCACCCACAACACACACACUGUGGGUCUGUGACGAGGAAAACAACAUCAUGGAGCUGGUAUCAGGACGACUUACAAACAAAUUCAGAACCAAGAAGAGACCCCAGUGUAUAUGUGUUACAGCCAGUAACCACAUCAUUGUGGGGAUGAAGAAACACAUCUGUAAAUUUACUACACAAGGUCAAAUGGUACUCACUACAAUGGCUGUAGGGACUGGGAAACCAUUAGUGUAUACACCAUGCAGGAUGUCAGAGUGUCCAGUAACUCACAAUGUCACAGUGAUUGAUUUCAGCAGUAAAAGUGACGGUGGUGAUGGAAAGGUACGUGUUGUUGUCAUGGAUACUGACUUCCAGGAAGUGUUUGUAUAUAGAGGUGACAUCCCCAGUACAUAUAAACAAACACCACAAACAGGACGUGUAACAUUUGACCCAAGGGGUGUGGUGUAUGACAGUGUGGGGAACCUCAUCAUAGGGGACAAUGACAACCGUAGGGUCCUACUCCUCAGUGGAGGUGGUGAGUUCCUCAGGAUCAUAUACACAGACAGAGUGGUGACAGAGGCUGUAGGUAUAGACAGGGAGGAUGUUCUGUGGGUAGUGUUUGGGGGUAGCAAUGUAAAACUACUACAGUACAGUGUGUAACAGUACUACUACAGUACAGUGUGUAACAGUACUACUACAGUACAGUGUGUGACAGUACUACUACAGUACAGUGUGUUGACACUACUACUACAGACAGAACUAGACAGAUAUAUGUUAUUCUAGUGAGUUACCCUGGUAACAAACUUUGUAAAUAAUAUUUACAUGUGACAAGAACAAUACUGUUUAAAUGAAUGAUGCUCGUCAGCAAAAUGUAUUGGUGUCACCACCCACAUCGUUCCCUUUGUAAACUACAUCUGUGUGUAAAAUCAGUAUAAAAUUCACUUUAAUGUGUUAAAACUUUGUCUUCCUUUUUUUCUUUCUGAUUGCAGUUAAAAUCAGUAUAAAGUUAUGUUGUGUAUUUAGAGGUGACCAAUGUCUUAUAAUGUACAUGUAUACUGUAUCCCUA